AUGAGUUCACGAGAUCCUACUCGCGGUGAAGAGAAUUGUGUUCAAUGGAAUGAGGAAGAGAUAAACACAUUAAAAAACAACAUGGAAGUAUACCCUGAAGAUAAAUAUUCUGAAUUAAAAAGAUAUACUUUGUUACUAACAAACCUUCCACAUAAACGACUUAGAGAUGUAGCUGCACGUGUGAAAUAUCUUAAAUAUAUUGAAACACAUCCAACAAUGACAUGGUCUGAUUUUUGUAAAGAUAAAACACUUAUUCGUCCACAAAGAAUUGUUACUAUCACUAAAUGUCCUAGUCAUUCUUCAAGUCAAGACAGUGAUGUUGAAGGAUCAUCAGUUCGUGUUGUAAGAAAGAGAAGUCCUUCUGGAACAACGUCUAUGCCAAUAGAAAAGCCAUUAGGACAGGAUUCGGUUGAUGGAAAUGUUUCUGAUUCAAUGCAAAUAGAAGAGAAUUCAUUAAAAUCUCCAGUUGUGGAUAUUUCAGAGUUACCGAGUAUUCCAAUAGUUAAUCCACAACAACUAAAUAAACAAACACCAUCUGUUAGUAAGAAUAAACGUAUUAAUAAAAUAGUUAGAAAGAAUAAAGUAAACAAACUACCUCAAACAACAUUAGUUACAUCUCCUGCACCUAAUACAACGAUAAAAGUUGAACAACAACCUACUAUAAUUAUUACAAAUGAAGAUCAAAAUUCACAAUUACCACCAGCUACAACUCAAAACGAUAUUAGUCAAGUAGAACAAAUGCUGUUUCAAGGAGAAACGAUUUUAACAGAAUUAAUGCAAAGUUCAACAACAGAAUUAUCGAUUAAUCAAAUAUUAAAUUUCCAAUAUUAUGUUGCUCAAGUAAUGGACUUUAGUUCACAGUUGGCAAAACCAUUGGAAUUACCCCAAAUGUUUUAUAUGCCAUUUACUGUUGAAGAUAUUCAACAAUUACUUCAACAACCUCAAUUAAUUAAAAUGUAUGAAGAACAAUUAACUAGUACAGACACUCCUAUGAAUAAUUCACAACAUUAG